AUGACAAGUUCUCUAGCCGGUAAAGAUUUCUCUUUGGACGGUCUCAAUGGUUUUGCCAACAAAAAGAAAAAGAAAAAACGACGACAUAGUCGUACAAUAUUCACCAGUUAUCAAUUGGAAAAGUUAGAAGAAGCUUUUAAGGAGGCACACUAUCCAGAUGUGUAUGCACGUGAAAUGUUGUCUUUGAAAACAGAACUACCUGAGGAUCGUAUACAAGUUUGGUUUCAAAAUCGUCGCGCCAAAUGGCGUAAAACGGAAAAAUGCUGGGGUCGCAGCACUAUUAUGGCUGAGUAUGGUUUGUAUGGAGCCAUGGUUAGACAUUCGUUGCCUUUACCUGAAACGAUUUUGAAGUCGGCAAAAGAAAAUGAAUCGGUAGCACCCUGGCUGCUAGGUAUGGAGAAUAAAAGCAUGCAUCGUAAAUCAAUCGAGGCCCAACAUACCCUGAAUAACGAUUCGGGUGUUAGUGAUCAAGAGGAGGCUGAAUUGGAAUCUUCGGGAUCAAAAUCGAAUGAGGAGUUACAGCAACAACGUCAAUUAUCAUCUUCAAAUGAAUCCCUAAAUGUUGUUAGUCCCACUCCAACAAAUCUACAACAUUCUUUAUUAUCCCCCGCCUCAACUCCUACCGCCACCUCAACAUCUUCGGCUUCUCCACAUAUUGAUUUGAGUUCACCCUCUCCUAAUACCCAACAAAUGCAACAAUAUUUCUCCAAUACAUCACCCCAACAAUAUGCAGCUACACAGAGUUUAGCACAUUUGCCACCACCCGCCGCUUUACCAGCUCUUAAUAGUUCAUCAGGUUCUGGAGUUGUUGCUGCCCCACCACCCUCUUACCAUCCCCUUUUGGAUGCUGCCAAUGCUAGUGCAUGUGCUGGUGCGGCCAGUACCAAAGAUUUUCAUAUGAUUAUGAAUACCGCUGUGGCUGCAGCUGCUGCGGUGGCCGCUCACACCAAUGCUGGUGAUUUAUAUGGCACGGGGUUGGUUCAAGAUCCCGAUACAUUUAGGUAA